AUGCUAGUAGCAGUCACUGUUGAUCAUACCCGGAUUGACAUCCUCGCUGAUCAUCCCCCUGUCCUCAGUGACGAAGGAUGUAGCCGAAUCGCUUCGAUAUUUCUCGUCAACGUCCUCAAAUGCCGUCAAGACGCCAAGCCUAUGGUUUUCGUGUUCAUCACUCACGAGAACUUUGAUUUCUGGUCUCCUCUCGACGCCAAAAUCAAGCCGAAAACUACGAACAACCCCAUGGGAGCUUGGAUCGUUAACUCUCCAGCGCCCUGCAGCCUGAACUUGGGCAUAUGUUGUAUGGCAAUGUAA